UGGGUGGAGGGGGGGUGGCGGCCGGGGGAGCGCCUUGCUGACGGCGGGCGGCCGCUGUCCGUCUGUCCGCCCGUCCGUCCGUCCGACCGCCGCAAUGCAGAACGUCAUCAACACGGUGAAGGGGAAGGCCCUGGAGGUGGCCGAGUACCUCACACCCGUGCUCAAGGAAUCCAAGUUUAAAGAAACUGGAGUGAUUACACCUGAAGAAUUUGUUGCAGCUGGAGAUCACUUAGUUCACCACUGUCCUACUUGGCAAUGGGCUUCAGGAGAAGAACUAAAAGUCAAAGCUUAUCUGCCAACAGACAAACAGUUUUUGGUAACUAAAAAUGUGCCGUGCUAUAAAAGGUGUAAGCAGAUGGAGUACUCAGAUGAGCAGGAGGCAAUUAUAGAAGAAGAUGAUGGUGAUGGGGGAUGGGUAGACACUUUUCACAAUGCAGGUAUAGUGGGUGCAACAGAAGCAGUUAAGGAGAUCACACUAGACAGUAAGGAUAAUAUAAAAAUACCAGAGUGUUCAGCAUCUUGUGAAGAUGAUGAUGAGGAAGAUGAAGGAGAAGCUGCAGACAUGGAAGAGUAUGAAGAAAGUGGGCUAUUGGAGACAGAUGAUGCAACACUUGACACAAGACAGAUUGUAGAAGCUAACAAAACUAAAGUUGAUGUUGGAGGGGAAGAUGCUAUUCUACAGACUAGAACCUAUGACCUCUACAUCACUUAUGACAAAUAUUACCAAACUCCAAGGCUCUGGUUAUUUGGAUAUGAUGAGCAGCGGCAGCCUUUAACAGUAGAGCAUAUGUAUGAAGAUAUUAGUCAAGAUCACGUCAAGAAAACAGUGACCAUUGAAAACCAUCCUCAUCUUCCUCCACCUCCCAUGUGCUCAGUUCAUCCAUGCAGGCAUGCAGAAGUCAUGAAGAAAAUAAUCGAGACUGUUGCAGAAGGUGGGGGAGAACUUGGAGUUCACAUGUACCUUCUUAUUUUCUUGAAAUUUGUACAGGCGGUCAUUCCAACGAUAGAAUACGACUACACAAGGCACUUUACGAUGUAACUAAAAUAAGAGAUGUGUUCCUCUAAUUAUCGAAUCUUUUUUUAAAUAACCCAUCCAUGUGACUUAUACAACAUUAUACACAAUUUCUGUAACUAAUCUUUUAUCAACUUGAUGCAUUAAAAUAAAAUGUUCCAUUACCAGCCUUUUUAAUAAAAA